AUCAAUCGUUGUCAAGCAGAGUGUGCCCAUCACCAAGUCGACCGUUUAAACUAAUAUGUCUCUGUACCCUCCAAACAUGCCGGCGACGUCGAAAUACAUUCCCAACGAGAUUUUAGGUCACAUCCUUCUUCUGGCUUGCGACCCUUCCGCCCCGGUCGUCCUUCACGUUUUGAAGGGGACAAUGACAGCACCGGACUCACGUUUAGAAAUCGCGCGCGUCUGUCGACGAUGGCGGGCGGUCGCUCUUUCUUUGGGCUCGUUGUGGUCCAAUAUCCUCGUGACUGAUGGUAUUGAAGAGACCCGAUUCGGUUAUUUGGGUUAUGCAGGCCAGGGGACAUUCCGCCCGAGGAAUGACAAUCGUGUUCAGUCCAGUGCGAUCUCUGUCGAGGGCGUCGUUGCUGUACUAAACCAAUGGCUUUCAAAGUCGACGGUCCCCCUCACCAUCAAGUGGCAGGUGUCCUCAAGCAUAGACCGAAGGGUCCAGGAGGCUUGUAUUCAGCCUUUGUUCGCUUACACCAAGCGGUGGAAGGCUGUUGAAAUGCACCUCGGCUUCGACCCCAACUCCACGAACUGGCCCAUCAAAUGGUUCGACGCGUACCCUCAGUUGGAGCGACUUGCCUUGCACCACCACACUACCAGACCCUGGUUCUACCCCAUGAUGAUCGAGGUCGAACAUUGCCCCCGACUCGUCAACCUAACCCUCGCAAACGCAUCAUUGGCGCGGUGGGACAUGCCCACUUCAACGUUGACGGAGUUGACGUAUGCUGGAAGUGGAGGAGACGCUCGGACAAACCUGGCAUGGUUACUCGCCAACGUACACAAACUAUCCAGUCUUACGUGCCUGCGCGUCGAGACUAUAGACCUGCUCCAAGAAUUCUCUCCUGCGGAUUCAGGGAUCGUCCGUCUAUCUGGGCUCAAGGAACUGUCUUUACGCGACCUGGACGAUCGGUGUACUGUGACGCUUCUCCGGAUCCUCGUAUGUCCUGAACUCGAACGACUCUCCAUCGCUUUUCCGGAGAGCCGUAUGAGCUGGACAGAACGCAUGCACACCCACUUCCUCCACUUCAUCGCUCAUUGCUCCGACUCGUUGCUGGAACUCACAUUCGAUGUCAACGCACACGCCACUCAAGACGUUCACUCCUUCCUCCCCUCGCUCCCACACCUCACGUCGCUUAACUGCCCCCCUCUCACCAGCGCGAGCUGUCAACUACUCACUCUCCGCUACGCCAGCGACGGGCGUCUCGACUCCGGCAUGUUACCACGCCUUCGGAGCUUCUCCAUGCUUACGGAGUUACGAAAACGCAUCGUGAUGGCGCCUUUGGCGGCUGCGAACGCGCACGAUCCGUUCUUGUGGAGGAAUAUCGUGGACAUGUUAGUAUCGCGGUUCAGACCUCCCGCGAACGCUGUAGAUGAGGAGGACCAGCCGGUACAGCCUUUACAGAAGGCCGUCCUGUAUAGUGCCAAGGGCGACGACAAAGGGUGGUGGAGUCGAGAACACCCCUACGAGCUGGCGCGCCUAGAGGCUCUCGCGGCCGAGGGUUUUGAUGUUGAGAUCAAAGCAGAUCCAGCUCCAGUUGGCCCUGCAGUUAUCAUCUAUUAAAGUACUCAGACUUCUCUUGCAAUCACAUCGUGCACGAUUAAUUCUGCAUCCUGUCCCAUCUUUGCUAGAUUUGUCUUCGAUCGUUUGGCUUUUCCCGUUCUCUUUUGCUUCUUUGACUCCGUUCUCUGUCUUCUUCGUGUUCACGUACCUUGCGGAGAACUUCCUAUGCACCCCAGUGUUUAUUCCCCUCCCAUCUUGUAUAUCUCUUGCGUGAUUUUCGAGUCUGUCCUAUAUGUCUUAGGAGUCGAGUUAAUGGCCACCUAGCCUUCACGUUGUGGUGACUUUCUCGCAGACUUCGUUUCAUUCCAAAUAUGCCUCUUAUUUAUGUCUUUUCCGGAUCCCAGAAC